GGAGAUUCUUUAUUAGUUACGGCUUGUGACUACUUCCAGCUUCACUGACGUUUCAAAGCAAAUACAAGAUUCUGUAUCGUUAAUAGGCAAACCGCCCGUUCUUCGCUCUGGUUUUGCUUAAAAUAAUUUAUGAUAAUGAAAUGAUGAGCCUGUUUCCUUGUGAGUGUGUAUUCUAACUGACGAAGAGGAAGAGAAGCAGGAAGCGAGAGGAAACGCAACGUAUAACUAUCGCAAGUAGGAAAGGGUGCCAUGCUAUUCAUUUUUCUAUUAUUUACUGCGGUGACCCUGCAUACUCACUUAUUUAUGCAUUAAUCGAUUGCCAAGCAGUGGAAAUGUGGAUUUAGGUCACUUUGUACACUAUAAAACCCUGUUACAAUUUCCUAACAAAAAGAUCAGAGACGGAGUAAAGGAGUGAACUAGAGAGAAGGAAUAUUAUUAUAUAUAUAUAUAUAUAAUAUCUGUUAAUAAUCGUAUGACUAGACCUGUUGGCAAAAAUGUAGGGAAUUGUACGUAUGCAAGAAGCCCACCGCGUGUGUUUACGUCUGCCUUGUCUGCGGGGGCCAUCACGAGAACUGCGGGGCUCAGUUGAGACGAAACAAACGAAAUGGUUUCCUUCAUUAAUAUGAAGAUUAAAUAUAAAAUAAUUAAUUGCCAAGGGCGAGUUGCAAUAUGACGUAAACACAGAACAGAUGGAUGUACUUAAUGCACGGGAGAAACGGAGGAAGUACCAGAAAUCGCUUAACGAUACCUUAACUUAACGAAGUGCCAUCACAAGCCAGGGGCACGGAUCCUCAGAUGCUACUCAGAUAUGAACAGACGUUGCUUGCAACAGAUCCACCGCCCUGAAGCACAUAAUUCAAACGCAGAUCAUUUAGUUUUGGACAAGUUUUCCGAACUGUGAUGCAUGUGACUUACAUUAACCAACACUCUCAUCUCGUUCACGAGCUUCAUGAGCGUUUUGUCACUAAAAUCUAAUUCCUCGCUGACAGCCAGAACUAUACAAGUCGCGGAGGCAACUGCACCAGCAACAGCAGAUGUAGAGAGGGGCUUCCAGACCGUAGCUGCCGCCCUAACAGUCACAAAAACGGCAACAGCCGACGCAGGGAACAAAACCGAGACAACAGCCACUACAGCUUUCAGGCCCAGUGACGCUGCAGUCGAAGAGAGUGUGGGUCUGAGGUGCCCUGCGCCCAUAUCGCGUCUGCGGGUGGAGAAGAUUGAAGGAGGCUUGAUGGUUGCUGGAGUCGUGGUGGCCGCGAACUGCCAGGUGGCACUUCCGGCAUUCGGUUUCCUCUUCAUGCUGGUGGGAGCCGUCCUCACGGCAGCGUCGUACCGGGGACCCGGACGAGAUGAGGGGCCGGACCACUACGCUGCCAGGGUCGCUUUCACCGGCAACUCGCGGGUGUUGGGUCCUGCCUGCAUCGUUGUGGGUGUCGUCAUGCUCGCGGCAGGCGUCGGCCUAUGUCUGCUCACUCGGCGGGCCCGCAGAAGAGAGAGGAGAGUUGGGUUCCACUGCCCACUGCAUGGAGACUUCUACCCUCUGAGCCCCGUCACGGGGUCCAGGUCAAUUGGUUUGAGUGGGACACCUGUGUCACAGUGGGCGCUCUGCUGGAGACGAGGAGGUAACGCUAAACCGGGUACAUUUGGGGGCCCACCACAGUGCCCCCACAGCACUUUGUCCAGCACAAGGAGUUCUGUGAGCAGCACGCCUGCUUCCCCUUGCCCCACACCCCUGCCAUUCCUUGUCACAUCAGGGUCUGUCAGCAGUGGCAUGGUGCCUUCUGUUGGCACCAACCUGUCACCUGACCAGACGUUCGGGUCAAUCCGAUCCCUCUCAGUCAGCCGGGAAGUGGCAAGCUUCCCUCUGUCAAGGACACCCACACCACCCCCAACAAUGGACAGCAAAAUGACAAGCCCAACAUUGGGCACAAUGGAUGAAUCUUCUUCAGUAACCUCAGCCACCGCCAGAAAUGACCUUCCACCAGUAGUCGUGCCAUUAACACCACCCGAGUUCCCAUCACCUCGACCAGAAAUUACAGUGGUUGCACCAGUCAUUAUACCCCAGUCACCACCAGCACCACCAACUAUGCGGUCUCCACGAACUGAGGUCCAAGAUACAAUUAGAGCUACAGCACUCGUCAUCACAAGAGGACCAAGAAAAUCUGUGUCAAUUGUCCUUCCUGAUGAAGAGAAUGGAUGAUCGAUUACAUAGAAGAUAAUGGAACUUGUAUCAAAUUAUGUGCAUUCUUGACAGAGAAUAUUUAAAAAGAGUAGAAAUGAAGGCAAUGAAUUACAUAUGGCAUAGGUUUUGCUAAGUUUAUUAAUUGCAAUUCAAAUGAAUUAAACAUAUGACAAGAUGAAAGUAGUGGAACUUUUGUUUUUGUAAUCACAGUUGUUAGCAAAACAUAUAAAUGCUCAUCCCAGCAGUACAAUCUGUGAUCCUAGGAUAUUUAGAAACACAGAAGAUGAGUCACAGCUCCAAAGAGGGAUGUAGGCUUAAUAGUCUUUGAAAUUAAUUCUGUUAUGCUAUGAAUUUAUUGUUUGAUUUUAGUCCUGAACACUGUUCUUUCCAAACAAGCAGGUUCAGUAUGAUGAUCAAGUGGUUGUACAAUCUUUGUCAUUUCUGGAUCUUGUGGGUGAUAACAAAGUACAACUUGAUUCUGAUAGAUGAGGGAAGACUUGUAGCCACGUAAGCAAGUUCCUAGUAAUAUAAUUUCGUUUGUUUCUUUACCAGCUGAGAAUUCCAAGUGAUAUUAAAGUGAUAAAGGAAAGCUCAAAAGACAAUACUUAUUGAAUUCCCAAUAUUUAAAUGAUUUCUCAGCAGAGUUUAAAGAACAGUCAUUGGUCAGCUUUCAGUCAGUAACCAGAUAUGGUCUUUUCACUGUGAUGGGAGGACAAUGUAAAGUGCAACACUUUAUAAUAUUAAUGUGUGUUAUAUUUAAGUGAUGUUGAAUUUUGUAAUGAUGCAUGUUAGGUAGUACAUAAUUCCAAAAGGUGAUGAUAAAGAUAUGCUGAUGUGAUGAUGAUUAUUAUUACAAAAUGUGUAAUAUGAGCUUGGACUACAAUAUUUUCAGACAUCGACAGUACAACGAUCUAUGCUAAAUGAGCAGAAAGGAGCAGUAAAUGCAGACAUGAUCACAUUGCUAUUAUAAUGGCCUUAAAUUAAAUUAUCUAGAAUUUUGGAAGUAAAUAAACAAUUGAAUAAAAUCCAUGGUUUUUCCUUAGUGGUCAAAAUUGUACAUGGUCAGUUUCCCAUUAUUUACACAUGCCUACCACAUAGGUCUAAAUUAAACAUUGGUAAGCAAACUGUGGAUGAACCCAUGCUUUGAGAUGUAAGGAAAGUUAGGAGAUCAUAAUUAGGAAGAAGGAAAACCAUUUUACAAAUGUAUAUCCUCUUCUCAUAUCAUAACUGUAUCUCAUACUUCAAAUAUUUAAAAGUCAUAAAUAUCCAUGAUUACUGAAUCUACAUUAUAUUUAAUUUUUAUUUAAAUUCAUUGAGUUAUGUACAUAUGCAUGAAUCAAUAUGAAGGAUAUGCAAGAAAAAACAUUUACUAUAAAUUUAGAUUUUAAAAUAUAUAUCCAUUUUAAUACAAUGAAAUUGAGAGCUCUAGAGACCAGGAUGGUUGUCUUCCUUACCUCUAGGCUGGUCCUUAGACCAUAUUUGAAACACUGUUUUAAAAUUUGCUCAUCAUAUUCUUUAAGCACAUCUUUUAUCACUUUUGCUUGUGCAUCUUAACUAAGCAGAUUUAUUUAUGGGAAGUGAAUUCAGGUGUACACAUAGGUCUAUUAAUGGUCAAAAUUUUGUUGCAAGUAUAAAGCUUAAAUUGAAGGUAAAUUAUUAAAGCACAUCUGACUAUAUCAGCAGGUGCUGUAAAUGUAAAUAUAUGCUAAUCCUGCUGGAUUUUGCUUAAUUUGAAUUUAAGUUAUGUUCCAAGUCCCGAUGAGGUCAUUGGAUUUUUUUCAAUUGACGUAAUCCUUCUAGCCGCACUAUGGCCCUGGGGUUGAC